CCCAUUUUGCUUUCCCCUCCGUUUCCCCAGCCGCACACACAUUUUCCUUCUUCUUCCUAUCUCCACCCACUCCCCGCCGCCGCGUCCACUCGUCGGCGCUGCAACUUCACUGCCUCACCGCUCCUCUUUUACCUCCGCCGUAUGACUCACUGCAUUCUUCUGCAACUUCUCGUUGAGGGCCCAGCAUUCAAUCUUCCUCAAUCCCACUGUUCACUUUCUGUCCCCCACCAUUGAUCCCUCUGUUUAGCCUUCCAGUUUGUUUCCCGUUUCCUCGCACCUCCGUUCUCCUUUCCUGGUCCAGCACAUGUCCUCUUUCAGAACUGCUCAAAUCCACCUAGUGAGUUCUCAUCGUGAGGUUUAUGAACCCUGUGAUGAUUCGUUUGCUUUGGUUGAUGCACUUUUAGCUGAGAGAGUUAACUUGUUAAAUCAUCAUCCAACAUUGUGCUUCGAAGUUGGCUGUGGUAGUGGCUAUGUUAUAACAUCUCUUGCUCUUAUGCUGGGAAAGGAAGCUUCUGGGGCUCACUAUAUUGCUACAGACAUCAAUCCUCAUGCCAUUAGAGUCACCCAGGAGACUCUUGAAGCACAUGGGGUUCAUGCAGAGUUGGUAUCCACUGACAUUGCAUCUGGUUUGGAGAAGCGACUGGCUGGAUCAGUUGAUGUAUUGGUUGUGAAUCCGCCCUAUGUUCCGACGCCAGAGGACGAAGUGGGUCGUGAUGGAAUCGCCUCGGCUUGGGCGGGAGGGGAGAACGGCCGCAGUGUCAUUGAUAGGAUAUUGCCAGUUGCAGAUGUUCUUCUGUCUGACAAAGGCUGGUUGUACAUGGUUACCCUUACAGCCAAUAAUCCUUCUCAGAUAUGCCUUCAAAUGAGAGAAAAGGGCUAUGCUAGUAGAAUCGUUGUGCAGAGAUCAACUGAAGAAGAGAGUCUUCAUGUGAUAAAGUUUUGGAAGGAUGCUGAUCUUCAAGUUGAUGGAAAAGAAUCAACACAUAAAAUAGGCCCUGCAAGAGUUGUGGAGUCUCUAAUUUCACAAUUUCCUCGGCUCUCUUUUUGGAGAAACAACAGCAACACGAACAGAUGAAUGAGUCAUUAGAGACUCGAGACUCGGCCACACAGCCUCCAUUGUUACAAGCAACAAGUCCAACCUUCCAUUUUUGUGCAUGCCAGAGGUUCAUACUGUUUGUUUUUGUAUACUCAAAUACCUUUGUUUUGACCCUAUAGCUGCUUAGAGAUCUGCCAUAGAAGUCAUUACACAAACUAUCACUUGCUGAGCUUGAAACUUCAAAGCUCUCUGUUCAUAGGAAAUGAUAAUUUCAUGGACAAGAUAUUACUGAAGAUCUAUGAAUUGGGUUGUUGCAGUUGCAUUAAA